GGAGGCGCUGGUCUCCGGACGCCGACCUGACAGCCAUGAGCGCGGCGGACAGGGUUGGUCGCCGCCGGGCGCGAGUGUCUCGCCUCGUCUCCUUCAGCGCGAGCCACCGGCUGCACAGCAAAUCUCUGAGUAAGGAAGAAAACUUGAAACUGUUUGGGAAAUGCAACAAUCCAAAUGGCCACGGGCACAAUUACAAAGUUGUGGUGACAGUACAGGGAGAGAUUGAUCCUGUUACAGGAAUGGUUAUGAAUUUGACUGACCUCAAAAAAUGUAUGGAGGAGGCCAUUAUGAAGCCCUUGGAUCAUAAGAAUUUGGAUCUGGAUGUGCCAUACUUUGCAGACGUUGUAAGUACGACAGAAAAUGUAGCUGUCUAUAUCUGGGAAAACCUCCAGAAAUUGCUUCCUGUGGGAGUCCUUUAUAAAGUAAAAGUGUAUGAAACUGACCAGAAUAUUGUAGUCUACAAAGGAGAAUAGUUCUUAGGGUUCACAUUGCAGAAAGAUGUCUUUGGCCCCUUACAAUAUUAAGCAGUCACUACUUAAUAUUUGUGCCUCUGUAUUAUGUUUGGAGUAUCUCUGUUGAAAUAAAUGUGGACCUGUUAUAAAUG